AUGGCUGGAUCUGGAAGUUCUGAGGUGAGAACUCCGAUCUUCUCCGGUGAGAACUACGAGUUCUGGAGAAUCAAGAUGGUGACGAUCUUCAAAUCUCACGGGCUAUGGAAAUUAGUUGAAAAGGGGAUUACGAUCUCAGAAACAAAGAAGAAGAAGGUUGAAGGAAGCUCAGAGGAAGAAGAAGACGAUGAGAAAAUGGUCGCAGCAUAUAUGCAAGAUGCAAAAGCUCUGGUUAUUAUCCAGAAUGCGGUCUCGGAUCAAAUAUUUCCUCGGAUUGCCAAUGCUGAAUCAGCCAAGAUGGCAUGGGAUCUACUGUAUGGAGAAUACCAUGGUGGUGAUCAGAUGAGAACAUUUGGUGAAUCCCUUUCUAAUGAGAGACUUGUGCAGAAGGUUCUGAUUAGUCUAAGUAAGCCUUAUGAUUCCAUCUGUUUAAUUAUAGAAAACACAAAGUGUCUAGAGUCUGUUGAGCUGCAAGAAGUUGUUGCGAUUUUGAAGAGUCAGGAACAACGAUUUGACUUGCAUAAUGUUGAUACCAUUGAGAAGGCUUUUGCAUCAUUCUCAGUAAGUCCAAAUGGGCAAAAUAGAAGUGGAGUUCAAUCUGGCUCAUCAAAAUUCCAGAAGAAUUGGAAUGCUAAGGGAAAGAAAUGGGAUUCGAAACCUCGAUUCCAACAGAAACCUUUCACUUGUCCUGCACCAAAUCCAUAUCAGUCACAGUCAAUGAGUCAAGAGACUGUCAAACCACAGUGUAGAGUGUGUUCUAAGUAUCAUUUUGGUGAAUGUCGAUAUAAGGGGAAGCCUAAGUGUUAUAAUUGUGAUAAGUUUGGUCAUUGGGUUAGAGAAUGCACUGUAGGGAAGAUUGUGCAAAAGGCAAACUCUGUAAAUCAGGUGGAAGUGUCAGGAAAUCUGUUCUAUGCUAAUAGUGCAAUCUCAGAAACAAAUAUCAAUGGAAAUUGGUAUGUUGACAGUGGUUGUAGUAAUCACAUGACAGGGAAUGCUGAUCUCCUUGUUGACAUAAAUACAAAUGUUGCUGGAAAGGUGCAAAUGCCUACUGGUGUGUUAGUAAAUGUGGCUGGAUGGAAUGGGUUCAUUGCAGAUUGA